AUGUCAAAUAGUUUAUCUAAUGUUAAUUUAACGCAAGAAGUCUUGUCGUUUCGUAACGAAACAUUUUAUAAUUUAGUCGAACAACAAUGUGGUAGUGUUGCUCUUGAAAUUAUGCAGGUACAGGAUGUAUCAUCCGUCGAUUGUCUUCUUGAAACUGGGGAUAUUUUUUCUAUCCUACAACUUGAUUCAGAUGAACUUAUUCCAAUCAAAAGGAAAGCAGGCAUUUUUCUCAAUGAUGGUGGUUUUGUUUUGAAAAAAGGAUUGGUGUACAAAGUUGAAACUUUUUUUAAUACUCUUAAUAUUCUUAACCAACAACACUUGAAAUCUACUGCUCCAAAAAAUUCAAAUAACUCUUCUGAUAUAAUUGUACCUGAAUGUCUUCUGCAAAAAUUUCCAUUUAUUAAAACACUCAUCAUCUAUUCAAACCUUAUUAUCAAGAGCAAAUAUGACUUUACACUCUUAAAUAUUAUAUUAAAUAAUAUGUUUCGAAAUUGCAUAACCGAAGAAAAAGGUUUUCGUUAUGAAGCUAUUGUACGACAAUUUGCAACUAGUUUAUACAUACUUGGAGGUCGUACUUCAUAUGAAUUUAUUCGUAUAAAUAUUCCAGCAUUUCUUCCAAGUGUUCAAAUUAUUCAGUCAUUUAUCGCUGCUUCAGAUAAUCACCUAACUGAAGCACUAUUUAAUUUUGAAGGCGCGUAUAAUUAUUUCAAUUCUAUUCAAUCAACAUUAGGUUUUAUUGCAGAAGAUACUACAACAGUCGUUCCUAAAAUUACGUAUGAUACGACAUCAAACACGUUUGUCGGUUUUAGUCUUCCACUAGAUAAUAAUGGAUUGCCAAUCAUUAACUCUUAUAAAACAGACUCGUUUACUUGCCUUGAACAAUGGUAUUAUAAUGUACCGACAGCAAAAUCACUUAAUGCCUUUCUCAUUCAACCUCUUUCUGUCUUAUCUAGCAACAAGUCGCCGUAUGUUCUAGCCGCUUAUGGCACAGAUAAUAAAUUCAUAUCAUCAGAUGUUAUUUCUCGUUGGCAUCAUAUUUAUCAACAAUGUAAAGCUAAAGGAAUUCGCAUUGUUGGUUUUUCAACUGAUUGUGAUAGUCGUUAUUUACAUGCUAUGCGAGUAUCUCUUGGCUUUUUUGCUGAAUUUGUUUAUGAUGAUCAUCCAGAUUUAUUUUCUAUUGAUCUUCCAAAUAGUUGGUCGUGGUUUUUCAUGCAGCAUAAACAGCUAUAUAUUUGUUUCCAAGAUGCAGUUCACAUCUGUACUAAACUGCGCAAUCGAUUACUUUCUGAAACAACACAUCUACUUUUAGGAGACCAAUUAAUUAACAUUGAACCACUUAUAUACAUGAUUAACAAUUAUUCGAAACUCGAUCAUUCAUUAGUACUUUCCGAUGUGAAUCCAAAAGAUCGUCAAAAUUAUAGUUCAACAGAAAAAAUUUCUAAUGAUAAUGUAUUAAUUUUACUUGAACAAAUUCCAAACUCAUUAGGUUUAAAUAUUUAUUUGCAGGGACAACUUCCAGUAGACGCUCUUAAUGUUUGGCUAGAAAAUUCGCAAACAUGCGGAGGUGCAUUCAGAUCAGCAAGAGCGAUAUCAAGUAAUUCUUCAGGUGGAGUGAAUUUCACGGUUUCACAAUUUCUUAAUCGAAUAAAUAAAUUAUCAGCACUGUUAAACAUCAAAAGUAAUGCAAAUCAAAAUAAUCUUCGUUUUCCGCAACAUCAUAAGUUAUCUAGAAAAUUACCGAACACUUCAAAUCCAACAAGUACAAUUAGUCUUUCUAAAACAGAUAUUGAAAAUAGUGUACGAACAUCAUACAAUCAUGUAACUAAACUUUUUAAUCAAUUGAAAAUGAAAGAAAUCUUAAAAAAUGGACAAGUAUUAUCAAUCGAAGAAAUGAGUAAUGUUAUUUCACACAAAUUAGAAGAAUUCUGGUCGACAGAAAAUAUUAUCAUUAACAGCCAGAGUGCAAGUUCAAAUUUUGAAUCAGACGAUGAAACAAAUUUUGAUGAAUAUGAAAAUUUUACUAAUAAUUACGAUAGUGAUGAAGAAUUCGAAUUAAAUGAUAAUUUCGACGUGUUCAAUAAUGCGAAUAUUUCGACGAAUCGUGGAAUGCGAUUAUUUGAUAAUUACGAAUUAAAUGAAUACCGUCUUGGAAAUAAUUAA